AUGACAAACAGUGAAGAGCCAUUGAUAUCUGAUUUUAAAGAGAUUGAGCCCAAUCGUGACAACACAAACAUUGAUAAUAUAAUUGUUAUAGACGAUGAGAACGACGACGCCUCAGAAAAUCAUUCCGAUUUCAACUUCUCUUCUCAACAAAUAUUUGUUCUUGAGGAUCAAUCACACCACACCACAAGAGAUCUGAAUAAACAAACAAAUUCUAAUGAACAACUAAAACAAGUAAAAAACCAACUUACCAAUACAGUGGCCAAAAAUUCAAAGGAAAAUACACUUGACAAAAUAUUCAAUAAACCUGAAAACUUUGAAAAUGAAAUAUUUAAGUCGGUUGGAUGUGAAAAAGAAACGUUCAAAAACUCUGAAAUUCUCACCCCUUUCAAAACACAACCCAAAUUCGACGAAAUGAAAAAAACAAAUUUUAACCCUCAAAUUGCACCACCACCAUUAAUUUCCAAAAUUCCACAAAUUGUCAAAACCCCUGUUUUUGGAACAAUUCAAAAGAGUCAAACAACACUAUUAUUACAAGAGAAAGUGAAAGAACAUCAGAAAGAAAAAAGCCUGAUAGACGACUUGAUGAGUGAGAUGAACAACCUUCCGAAAGUCAAAUUGAUACAUCGCAAUGAAGAAGAACAAUUUGAUGCCAUUCCGGACUUAAUGGACACCCCUUUAAAAGCGGAGAAUAAUUUUGUAUUUACUUGGGCGCAGUCAGAACUCAACGAAGGAAAAGGUGUCGCUCUCAAUGUCUUACGUGACAAGUAUUUUGCGCAAAAUGGCGCUUUUCAAAGUGAACAGGACAAACACGAUUUAUUUGAGAAGGAGAUGACAAAGAAUGGCUUCAAAACAAUAACUACGAAGUUGGAGUUUUCAUAUGCAGUGCGACCCGAACAGGUCUUUGAUGUCUUCCGCGCUGUCAAAAGUCAUUCUGAAUACUCCGAUGGUGAUUUUGUGUAUAUCGAUUUUUUAGACCUCUUCUUGAAGGACUUUGAAACGACUGAAGUUGUUGUCCCACAGGCAUGGGGAGAGAAAGGACAACUUUUGAAGUUAACACGAAGUGGGUGCUACUAUCGACUUCUUGGUGGAGUGAGAGGAGAUGGGGCGGUAAUACAACCGGUAGUCGCUUCAAAGUCCAUACAAGAACUUAACGCACUGAGAGAGUUGAAUUGUUUUGUAAAGGAAAAGGAUCAUUUAGACGAAGAAGAUCUUGUCGAGUGGAUUUAUACCAAUUUCACAAGUAGUUUGGUGUGUUUUUAUGGGACCCCCAAGUUGUAUGUGGUGCCCGACUAUUUCAGUGCAAGUGUCAAAAAAGUGAUAGAAAAGAUCGACGAAAAAUUAAGAAGAUAUUUUGAGGUAUUGUAUAUCCCAGAUGAGGCAGUUUUAGGGGCGCCUGUUGGUGCGAUUUCAAAAAAUGUUGUGAAUGAAAUAGUCAAGCAGUCAGUUUUGAGAAAGUGA